AUGACCACCUCAGUCAACAAAACGGUACACCCCUUCGAUAAGGGUCGGCUUGAAGCCUUACUGAACCGUAGAUUCUUCUAUGCUCCCGCUUUUGAGAUCUACGGAGGUGUUGCUGGUCUAUACGACUAUGGUCCCCCCGGCUCUUCUCUUCAGGCAAACAUCAUCGCGGAAUGGAGGAAACAUUUCAUUAUCGAAGAACAUAUGUUGGAAUUGGAUACCACAAUUAUGACCCCUGCCCCCGUUUUCGAAACCUCCGGCCACGUAGCUAGAUUCGCGGAUUGGAUGGUCAAGGACACAAAAACUGGCGAUGUUCUCCGCGCCGAUCAUCUUGUCAAAAACGUGCUCGAAGCUCGCUUAGCUGGUGACAAGGAAGCGCGUGGCCAGGCUGCUGCUCCCCCCACGGACGACAAGAAGAAGAAAAAGAAGGCUGCAAAGGGUGCUGCGGUCAAGCUAGCUGAUGAAGUUGCGGCAGAGUAUGAGACUAUUCUCGCUCAGCUCGAUAACUACUCUGGUGCCGAUCUCGGUGAACUCUGCAGAAAACACGACCUGCGAAAUCCAGACACGGACAAUGAAGUCGGAGAGCCUCAGCUGUUCAACCUUAUGUUCGCGAGCAGCAUUGGACCCACUGGCCAACAUCCCGGUUACCUUCGCCCUGAGACCGCUCAGGGGCAUUUCCUCAACUUCUCGCGCCUGCUGGAAUUCAACAACGGCCGUGUACCCUUUGCCUCUGCCCAGAUUGGACGCUCGUUCCGAAAUGAAAUCUCACCACGCGCAGGUCUGCUCCGUGUCCGCGAGUUCACGAUGGCGGAGAUCGAGCAUUACGUGGACCCUGACGAUAAGAAGCACGAGCGAUUUGGUGAAGUGCGCGACGUUAAGCUUGUCCUGCUGGAUCGACACAUCCAGGAAUCGGGCAAGAACACUACCACUGAGAUGACUGUCGGAGAGGCUGUCGAUAAGGGUAUCAUCGCAAAUGAAACCCUCGGCUACUUUGUUGCUAGAAUCCACCAGUUCCUCGUCAAGAUCGGCAUCAAUCCACAGAGGCUUCGGUUUAGGCAGCACAUGGCAAACGAGAUGGCCCAUUACGCGACUGACUGCUGGGACGCGGAAAUCCACAACUCUACUGGCUGGACCGAAUGUGUGGGUUGCGCCGAUCGUGCUGCCUACGAUUUGACUGUCCACAGCAACAAAACUGGCCAUCCUUUGGUUGUCCGUCAAGCUUUGAAGGAGCCAAUUGUUACUGAGAAGGAGGUGCCCGAGUGGAAUAAGAAGGCGCUUGGGAAGACAUACAAACAGGACGCUGGCGUCAUUCAGAAGAUUGUAGACUCAAUGGAUCAGGAGGGGCUGGUCAAAUUGAAAGGGCAGCUCGCUCAAGGAAAAGCCGUUAUCACAUCCUCGGAAGGAAAGGAGUUUGAAGUUACUCCUGAGGUGCUCACCAUCGAGUUGAAGACACUAAAACAGUCAAUACGCGAAUUUACCCCUAAUGUUAUUGAACCUUCCUUUGGUCUGGGUCGCAUUCUGUAUACUUUACUCGAGCAUAGUUUCUGGAGCAGAGAGAAAGACGUUGAACGUGGUGUACUGUCACUCCCGCCCGUAGUUGCGCCCACCAAGGUUCUCAUCGUGCCCUUGAGUGCCCGAGAGGAGUUUGACCCGUUGGUCAAGGAAGUUUCUUCGAAACUGCGCAAGGCAGGUGUAUUUUCGCGCGUUGAUGACUCGAAUACAUCCAUCGGUAAACGAUAUGCCCGCAAUGAUGAGCUCGGUACGCCGUUUGGGGUCACGCUGGACUUUGCUUCCGUGCAAAACAGAACAAUGACACUGCGCGAGCGAGAUACGAUGGACCAGAGAAUAGGAUCCAUCGACGAAGUCAUUGCGGUUGUCACGGACCUCGUCUUUGGGAAUAUUACAUGGGAGGAGGCCUGUACACGUCUGCCGGCGUAUGAUGGUGUCCAAGCCAUCGAGUAG